AUCCCUGCCUAGGAUUGCUCACCAACACAUACACACUAACACAUAUCUGGAGAUACAGAUCAGCCAGCUAGGUGUCCCAGUCUCUGAUGUUCUGGUUCCCAGUCUCACCAUCAUGGACAAGACGAUGCUGCUCAACAUGGAGGGAGUGAAGAAGACCAUUGUACACGGGGGCAGCGAUGACCUGCCCAGAUUCAUCACUGGCACAAAGGUGUCGUUCCAUUUCCGCACCAUGCUGUGUGACGAGGAUCGCACGGUGCUGGAUGACAGUAAAAAGGUGGGGGUGCCGAUGGAGGUGGUGAUCGGGAACAUGUUCAAGCUGGAGAUCUGGGAGUCUCUGCUCUGCUCCAUGAGGGUCGGGGAGGUGGCUGAGUUCUUGUGUGAUGUCAUUCACACCGGACUCUACCCUAUCGUUGCCAAGAGCCUGCGUCGCAUUGCAGAGGGCAAGGACCCAGUGGACUGGCACGUGCACACCUGCGGCAUGGCCAACAUGUUUGCCUACCACAGCCUGGGCUACCCAGACCUGGACGAGCUGCAGAAAGAACCACAGCCCCUCAUCUUCGUCCUGGAGCUGGUCAAGGUGGAACAGCCCACCGAGUACAACAGAGAGUCAUGGGCCAUGAGCGAUGAGGAGAGGAUGAAGGCAGUACCAAUUCUUCACGGGGAGGGGAACAAGCUCUUCAAACUGGGGAGAUACGAGGCAGCGACCAGCAAGUACAAAGAAGCCAUCAUCUGCCUCAAGAACAUACAGACCAAGGAGAAAGCGUGGGAGGUUCCCUGGCUCAAGCUGGAGAAGAUGGUCCACACUCUGACUCUUAACUACUGCCAGUGCCUGCUGAAGAUGGCUGAAUACUAUGAGGUUCUGGAGCACACCACUGACAUCAUCAACCACCACCCUGGGGUCCUGAAAGCCUACUUCAUGCGGGCCAAGGCUCACGUGGAGGUGUGGAACGAGGAGCAGGCCAAGACAGACUUCCAGAAGGUCCUGGAGCUGGACCCGAGCAUGGCCAAGACAGUGAGGAAGGAGCUGCAGAUCCUACACAUGAGGAUGGAGGAGAAGAGGGAUGAGGACAAGCUCACAUACAAGGGCAUGUUCUGACCCGCGAUGCCCGCUGCAUCCACAAGGGGCGCCAGAGAACAGCAGUGAGGCCUCCAGGACCAGCUUCUUAUUUCAGCAUGGUCCAGCUGUCCUCCUGUACAAUGAGAGACCUCUUCUUUGGUGUCUGUACAAACGAUAAAACCUGAGAUUAAACCCCCAGCCCAUCCCUGCAGUAACCACUGAAUUCCACUAGAUGUCGCCCAUUCUGCACGGUUUCUGUAAGAAGCUCCCACUUCUAUCCAACAGACAGAAGCCCAGAGAGUUCAGUGGAAAUAAUGACGUUUAAAGGGACAGCUAGACAUAAUGUCAUCGUUUUAAUUGAAAGUAAUGCCCCGCGCAGAUUUUAGAAUAUUAACUUGGCACACACGGUAACCUCCUCCUGAUGUAGCGUUACCUGGGAGCCAGCGGCCCACUUCCAGACACAGAGUGAAAGCAUAGGAGCCAACUCGAGCUCCUACUGCUAACAGAACAUUCUAGAAAAAUAAAGAACUUCACACCAGCUCUCCUUUGUAGC